GGGAAAGAGAGGAAGCUUAAAUUUGGUUCUCUUGGAAGGAAAGACGAGAGGAGAGAGAGAAAUGGUGAAGGCGUACCUAAGGUACGAAGCAGGGGCGGUGUUCGGGGUGGUGGCUUCUGCAGAGUCCAACAUUUGUUAUGACUGCAGCGGGAAGCUUUUGUUCAGUGGGGCGCUCGAGAAUUUGUCAGUGUGGAAUGUGAAGCAGGGCCUCUGCGUCAAAGCUCUUGCUCCAAACCCAACCGCCUCAGGCGCAAGACCUGCUGUCACCUCCAUUGCUUGGAUGCCCUCUUCCAUUUCCAAGGUAGCAAGUGGAUAUGAUGAUGGAAGUAUAAGAAUUUGGGAUUCGGUACAUGGUAUUUGUGAGACAACUUUGAACGGGCAUAGAGGUGCUACCACUGCUCUUCGUUACAGCAAGACAGGAUCUUUGCUUGCAUCGGGAAGCAAGGAUACAGAUAUCAUCAUAUGGGAUGUUCUUGGAGAAUCUGGACUUUUUCGUCUACAUGGGCAUAGAGGUCAGGUCACGGACCUUCUCUUCUUGGAUUCUGGUAAGAAGCUUGUUAGUUGCUCGAAGGACAAAUUUGUACGGGUCUGGGACCUUGAAACCCAACAUUGCAUGCAAAUAGUUGUUGGCCAUCACAGUGAAAUUUGGUCCCUGGAUGCUGACCCCGAAGAGCAUUAUUUGGUCACGGGGUCAUCUGAUCUCGAACUCCGCUUCUAUAAAAUUUGCCAAAACAUGGAGAAUGGAUCCCUGCAUGACGUAAAGCCAAAUAUCACUGUAGGUGAUGGUGAUCCUGGACCUAGUAAGUGGGAUAUUUUAAGGCACUUUGGAGAAAUUCAGCGUCAAAGCAAGGAUAGGGUAGUUACUGUGAGAUUUAAUGCUACUGGGAACCUCUUUGCGUGCCAAGGAGCAGGCAAGACUGUAGAGAUUUUUAAUGUUAUGGAUGAAAGAGAAGCAUUACGAAAAGCCAAGAAGCGUGCUCAUCGAAAAAAAGAGAAGACUUUAAAAAGAAGGGGUGAAGUGGCUAUUGAAACUAAAGACAUGAAUUCCGAGUUUGGAAAUGAAGGUGAAAUCCGUGAUGUUACAGUUUCUGAUACUUUCAGAUUGCUUCAAGUUUUACGAAUGAACAAGAAAAUUUGCUCAGUUUCCUUUUGUUCCAUUGCUCCAAAGAGCAAUGGUCUAGCUACCAUAGCAUUGUCUUUGAGCAAUAAUGUGUUGGAAGUGUUUACAAUUCAACCUGAUAAAUCAACCAAAACACACUGUAUUGAGCUUCCCGGACAUCGUUCUGACAUUAGAAGUGUUACACUCAACGCUGAUAGUACACUUUUGCUGUCAACAAGUUAUGAUGCUGCAAAGAUUUGGAACCCUAGUACUGGUUCUUGCCUUCGUACUAUUGAGUCGCAAAGUGGUGUAUGUGGGACAUUUGUUCCUGGAAACCAAUAUGCGCUUGUUGGCACCAAAACUGGAAAACUGGAAAUUAUUGAUGUUGGAGGUGGCGUUCGUACAGAAAUGACUGAUGCUCAUACGGACACAAUUUGGUCCAUUAUUUCUGUUCCUGAUGGAAGUGGUUUUAUCACCGGGAGUGCUGAUCACGAUAUCAAAUUCUGGGAGUAUCUACUAGUAAAGAAGGAUGGUCAAGCUUCUGAACAAAUGACAGUGCAAAAUGUUUGGACUUUAAAAAUGAAGGAGGCUGUUCUUGCAGUUAGAGUCAGUCCUGAUGCUAAAUACAUGGCUGUUUCUCUGUAUGAUAAUACCGUCAAGGUGUACUUUUUGGACAGUCAGAAGUUUUUUCUAUCUCUGUAUGGUCACAAGCUCCCUGUACAUUGCAUUGAUAUCUCAUCGGAUGGUGAUUUGCUAGUCAGUGGUUCGUUAGACAAAAAUGUGAAGAUCUGGGGCUUGGAUUUUGGGGAUUGCCACAAAUCCAUAUAUGCUCAUACUGAUAGUGUCAUGGCAGUGCAGUUUGUGCGUAACACGCAUUAUUUUUUUAGUGCGGGGAAAGAUCGGCUAGUGAAGUAUUGGGAUGCUGAUAAGUUCGAGUUGCUUUUGACAUUGGAAGGGCAUCAUUCUCCUGUUUGGUGCCUUGCAGUUAGCCAUAAUGGUGAUUUUGUCAUCAGCGGGUCCCAUGAUAGGUCCAUCCGCCGCUGGGAUCGUACUCAAGAGCCAUUCUUCAUUGAGGAAGAGAGGGAGAAGAGGCUAGAGGAAAUUUUCGAAUCUGGAUUGGGAGAUGCAGUGGAAAGCGUCAAUGUUCUGAAAGAAGAUCCUCCUGAACAGGAGGCUGUGGGUGUGGCUGGGAAACAGACAAAGGAAACCAUUAGUGCAACCGACUCAAUUAUUGAUGCGCUCGACAUGGCAGAGGAAGAAGCUAAACGCAUUCGCAUGCAUGAGGUGGGGGGAAGAGGUGCACAGGUAGCUGAUCUCCCACCAAAUCUUAUGAUGCUGGGACUUUCACCAUCAGAUUAUGUUCUCCGGGCUGUUUCUUCUGUUCAAACCAAUGACCUGGAGCCGACAUUACUGUCUUUACCAUUCACUGAUGCUUUGAAGCUUAUGGCAUAUUUGAAGGACUGGACACUUGGUCCUGAUAAGGUGGAACUUGUUUGCAAAAUUGCCACAUUUCUUGUUCAGACACAUCAUAACCAGUUGAUUGCUACUCCCGCAGCCAGACCAAUCUUGACUGCUCUGAAUGGCGUGCUUCAUAAAAGGGUAAAAGAAUGCAAAGAUACACUGGGUUUCAAUCUAGCUGCAAUGGACCAUCUGAAGCAAUUACUAUGGUCAAAGUCUGAUGCUCCUUUCAGAAAUGCAAAGGCAAAGCUCUUAGAAAUACGUGCUCGGCAUUCAAAUUUUACAGAUCGGAAUGUGGAAGUUAAAGGGAGGCAGAAAAGGAAGAAGGCCUCUCAUGAAACACACCUUGGAGCUUGAUAUUUUCUAGGGAUAUUGCACUAGUUAGUCAGGAAGUUUUUGUUGAGUUGUAAUAAUAGAUGAAAUUAGCGCUCCGGCAACAAUUUUGUUUAAUUUACAUAUAUAUGAGAGAGUGAGAGAGGCAAUAUUCUGCA